AUGCCGCCCCGAACCCGCAGACAAGAGCCAAACGAAAGCACCGGGACCCAGAAGCGUAAGCCUGCCCGCCGUGACCCGGAGAAGCGACGGCAGCAGAACAUCCGCGCUCAAAAGAAAUACCGUGAGAAACUCCGACAGCGCUUAGAACAUCUAGAAGCGGUUGCUGCGUCUGCCACACAGCCUGCUAGUCAAGGCUUGCCUGGCACAGCUCCAUCAUCUUCUACCUCUCAGAGCGAUAAUACUACACCGGCUACUCCUCAGUCCACUUUGGAUGUGUCCGCUAGUUUACCCACAGCUAUAACGGACUACCCACAGCUUGCUCCUCAACUGGAUACUAUCCCAUUGGAUCUGAGCUUGUGGAACCCUAAUCCGCAUGCACUAGUACCGGAUGCUCCGUCAUCCCUAGGCGUAUGGGAUCCUAGCACGUUGCCUCUGUCGGAUGGAACCCUAUGGUAUCCGCCACCACUCGACCAACUAACCAGAACCAAAACUCCAGACGACACGAUAUGCCCCCCUAACCUAGAUCGUACUUCACAGCCAGUCACCUCCACGACUCUGGUCGAGGUAACCAACAGCAACCCCCUUACUCUCAGAAGCGGCGUCAACCACCGGCCAAGCUUGGCCUGGACUACCACUGUCGACUGCAGCUGCUCCAGCCCACACUUUACAAUACAGUCGGGAGGUCCUUUCUCCGCCAAUCCUCGCCAGCUCAAGGUGCUCACGACCAUGCCAAUAGCUGACCCAUAUGCGAACAGCCUCCGAGUCGACCAGCAUUGCACCCUAACAGCAUUGUUCUCAGUCGUAGAACACGUCGGCCUAACCAUGGACAUAAUCUGUUGCGAUGACUCUACAUCCCUCUUUUUCCGCGCCGACGCCUUGACAUCGGAUCCGUUGACCAAAUCCAAUGUGAUUUCUGCCGUCCAGAAGAACUUUAGAUCCAGAGUCAAGCACGACUUGAGGCCGACCAAAGAGCAAAUCACCAUCAGCCACCAUCCGAUGAUGGAUAUAUACCCCUCUCCUACUCUCCGAAACAAUCUUGUCACCCGCCAGGGCGAGUAUGAUGAGGAUGAAUUCUUCCAUGAUAGCCUCGCCGGAUUGAUAUGCUGGGGAAGUGCAGGCAUUGGGCAGAAGGAUCGAAAUGUCUCUGCUGGAAAAGCUUCGAGCGGAACGCCGUGGGACUUGCGCAGCUGGGAGGCUCAAGAGUGGUUUGUGAAGAAGUAUUGGAGUUUACUAGGUGGCGAGGAUGGAGAACUGGUACGACAGACUGAGUGGUGGCGGAGUGUCAGAGGGGAAGCUGAGCUUGAUGUGGUUGAGCUAUGA